AUGGUUGCAGAUGCUUUAUCACGUAGGUAUGCACUACUUUCUACUCUAGAUGCAAAAUUGUUGGGAUUUGAAUACAUUAAAGACCUAUAUGUUGAUGAUGCUGAUUUUGGUAAUGUGUUUAAUGCUUGUGAGAAAGUAGCUUUUGGGAAGUUCUAUAGGCAUGAUGGAUUUUUAUUUAAAGACAGCAAACUAUGUGUGCCUAAUUCUUCUUUAUGUGAGUUGCUUGUGAAAGAAGCCUAUGGGGGCCGGUUGAUGGGGCAUUUUAGGAUCGCUAAGACUUAUAAUGUUUUAAUUAAAUACUUCUUUUGGCCUAAUCUAAAACGUGAUGUUAUGCGUAUUUGUGAAAGAUGUGUUACAUGUCAACAGGCUAAGUCUAAAGUUAAGCCUCAUGGUUUGUACACUCUUUUGCCUAUCCCUAGUGAACCUUGGGUUGAUAACUCCAUGGACUUUGUAUUAGGUUUGCCUAGGAAAAAGAACGGGUAA